CAAAUGUGAUAGAGAACAUCUGAUAUGCUGGCAUCAACAACAAAAACACGUAAAAAAUGUUUAGAAUAUAGAACGAUGUUAUCAAGUUUCGUUGUAUUGUCGUUAUUCGCAAAUCAUAUACACAAUAAAAUGAAUUAAACAGCAUGUUCAACUAGAAAAAACGGUAGAAAACGCCAAAAAAUCAACUGGCGCUACAUUUUCUACCAAACUAGAGCUACGAGUCGUGGCCCACGACAUUACAAGGCAAUUGAUCAUUCAUUAGGACAAAGUGUUUUUUAAGUCGUCGAAGCUCAAAUCUUAUGCAAUUAUCUCAAUUUAAAAAAAAUCAAUCCAAAGGAUCGGUGCAGGUUGUGUUGUGAUACUUGUCUAUUUUAUUCUUCGAUGUGUACACUCGACAAGCGGCUCGGACAAUGAAGACGAAAAUUGUGAUAAUUGUGUGCAUUGGUAUUUUAUCGGUUUUUAUAUUUUUGACCCGAUCCACCGGCUAUGUCGAUGAUUUUGACAAGGAAGAAAUUGAAAAACGGUCACAGAGCUUCAAAUUCAAAGCGCAACAUACACGCAUGAAUAACCAACCAAAUCAUCUAUUUUGGUUUGUACAAAUCUCUGAUAUUCACAUAAGCAUUUUUCGUGAUGCGGAACGUAUCCACGAUUUUCGAAAAUUUGCCACCGAAACAUUGGAUACGAUUAAACCGCCGGUAGUUUUGGCUUCUGGCGAUUUAACAGAUGCAAGAGGAAAGGAUUUUUUCAUUUCUCAACAAUUCGAAGAUGAAUGGAAGAUCUACAAUGAAAUUCUUACGAAAGCCAAUAUACGAAAUAAAACCAUUUGGUUGGAUCUUCGUGGAAAUCAUGAUAAUUUUAACGUUCCACCGAGCCAGUCGAACAACUCGCAUUUCAAACGAUAUUCGAUACAAGGAGCAAAACAUCGACGUUCCUAUUCGCAAUUGGUCAAAGGUUCCGACGGUGAUUUGUAUUCAUUUAUCGCUGUUGAUGCUUGUUUGGAACCGGGACCGAAGCGGCCAUACAAUUUUGUUGGAAUGUUAACACAAAACGAUACCGAUCAUCUUCAACAUUUGGUUGAUGAGUCACGUCGCCAGGGCGUUAAUUACACCAUUUGGUUUGGGCACUACCCAACCACAUGUGUGAUCACCAAAAACAAAGAGCAUCGUUCUUUACGGCGUCUUAUCAGUGAUUAUGACACAAGUUUGGCGUAUAUGUGCGGUCAUUUACAUUCAUUGGCCGGGAUGGUUCCACGAAUGUAUGCAUUACAAGCGAAUAGCUUUCUCGAACUUGAGGUGGCCGACUGGAAGGUGUGUCGCAAAUUUCGUGUUGCCGCAAUCGACCAUGGAUUGCUGUCAUUCGUUGACGUUCAACAUGGCGCGUGGCCCAUCGUUUUAAUCACGAAUCCAAAGCAUGCCCUAUUUCAUAUUCCACAUCGACAUGAAGCCAAAAUUCAAUUGGAAUCAACGCAUAUUCGAAUAUUGGCAUUUUCACCGGCCGGAAUAAAAAGUUGUGGCGUGCAAAUAGAUGGCGAAUUUAAAGCAACAUGCGAACAGAUAAACGAUAAAUUUUUUGUUGCACCUUGGGAUCCAAAACGCUAUCAGAAUGGUUUGCAUCAUAUCACUGUUAUCGUUACAGAUAACAUGGACCGUGAAAACAAAGUGACGCAACCAUUUAAAUUGGAUGAAACACAAUUACUUGACUUCGACAUACUGGCACUAUUCGUUUUGAGAACAGAUGCUACAACGAUUUUCAAAAGUCUCUUUUGGUUUUCGCUAAUACUGUGCGUUGCGCCGUUGAUUUUCUUACGACUUUGGCACGAACUGAUUAAAAUCGGUUUAUUGAGUCGAAAACGUGCUAGUUGUCGCACAUCUAUGUCGAUUGUUCAGCAAUUUUGGAUUUUGGCAAGUGUAGACCGCAUCGUUUGGCCAGUGAUAUUCUACUGUUUCUAUCUCGCAUUUGGACCAUGGGUUAUUUGCGAAAUUGUCGAUGGUCGUUAUGGUGCAGUUUUUGUGUGGGGCAUUUAUUUGGACGGUUCAUUUUUACCAGGAUCUCUAACUUUCUUAUAUGGAUUCGCACAGUUGUUGUUAUGUCAAUUUCCAUUGAAUUGGAUAUACACCAAAUGCUUGACAAAAAGAUAUUAUCAAUUGAUCGGUAUGCCGACGAAAAAUCAUCGUGGAUGGUGGUGUUCUCCGAAAAAAAUCUCACAAACUGCAUUUUAUUUCAUAAUCACAAUUGAGAUAUUACUUUCAAUAUUCUUCGGUAUUCUGUACGGUGCAGUUGCUUUCUUCCUUGGUGUAUUCAGAACAUGGUCUGUGGUAAUGAACAUUUAUCUAUUUUAUCUCGCCAACAACAUUCCAGACCACGCAUUGAGAUCUGCGGUGUAUGUUUGGAGUGGACAAGAAAAAUUACUGAAUCAAAGCCAGCCAGAACCAAAUGAAACCGACGAGAAUCAUUCCAAUUGAGUUUGGAACUCCGACUUCUUCACCCAGCUUUACUAUUAUAAUCAUUAUUCACAACUUGGCCAUAAUCUCUGUGACUCCGUCUCGUUUUAAAGAUGUGAUGUUCAAAAAAAGAAAAGAAAAACGGGUCCAUAUCCAAAUCUAUUUACACAUUCAAUGCAUCACAUUCAUUAGAUGUUUAGAUAAAUAGUAGCAUGUGUAAUUUAUAGAAUAGGGUGAGUCAAUUUAUAUAACGUGCCGAUAUCAAAAUUCCUGGAGGAAACUUUCUGCAUACUUACUUUUCCUAAAGGAUGCCUCCUGUUCGAGGAGGUAGAUUUGAAAAAACCCUUUGGUAAAAAUGAAUGGGUGAGGAUUAAAGUGAGCUCAAAUCCUGAUGAAAAAGGGCAUCAUGAUUUUUUUUACAUAGAUUUGUUGUUGUAAUUACAUUUUUAGAUUUAAAUGAGAUUUUCACAUACAAAAAAAAAUCAUAGCCAUGGAUUUUGAUAUCGACACGUUAUAAAAAUUGACUGAUCGCAGUGUAGAAUCAAUAAAAAUGAGUCUCGACAUAUUUUUAGAAAUGUAUGUUUAUUGCAGAGAUUGUUCCUCAGAGGAGGAGGAGAGGACUGAGAGGCUAAAAAGCUAUUUUCAUUACGAAUAAUGUUUUUUUCAUCCUCCUCACCGAUCCUCUUCCUCAGAGGAACAGUCUCUGGUUUAUUGUGACAACCAACUGUGUAUGUAACAAUCGUCAUCGUUGUUGUAAUUUAACAAUUUAAAAAUGAUGCUUAAAUCUAAAGACAUGCUAUUUUUUUUUUUAAAUCCAGACACACAUUUAAUUCUAAGAAAUAUAAAUAAUUUUGAUGAAAUUUACAACUAAUUUCCUUUGAAAUAAUAAAAUACAUGUCUACCGGGUAAAGUCGAAAUUUCCGACCAUGCUCAUGAUCCCAACCAAGGAAAUAUAAUAUAAUAAAUGCAUAUUUAUUCGUAAAUUUAUUGACUACUGCUCCGAUAGUGAAAAAUGAUAAAACACCGGAACAAAACUUAUUUGCCCGAUCCAAUGUACACGUAAUUUAUUUUCAAUGUGAAUUGUGAAUAAAAUGCAAUCCAAAUUGAUGGUUUUA